GAAGCUGCUCUGCUAGGCAUUAGGCUGAGUAAAACACAUACUGCUUUAUCUGGCCCUUACCAACCUCUGUCAUGAGCAGUGUAGUUCAGAACCCCUACAUCACCCGAACGCCAACCACACGGAUGCCCAAGCUUGGGAGCAGUGGAGGGGUGCCACCUGGGAGUCGAGACAGCAGUGGGAUAUGUCGAAGCGGUAGCAUCAGCAGCGCGUCAGGAGGCAAGAUACUGUCCCUGUCAUCCAUGAGUGAGAGUGUGCACAGUGGCCUGAGCUGUUUCUUGUCAGAGCAAGCACUGGAGCAGGAAGAAAAGCAGCAGCGCAGUAGCCAGUUAGCAGAAUUUCAGCGUCUGAGAGAGGUUCGUGCUGCUGCUCAGCUCAAAAACCUGGAGGAUUUCCUCAGGAUGAACCAUGUUUCACUCAGGGACAGCACCUCUUAUUCCACUGGCAUGAUUUACAGAAAUCUGGGCAAAUCAGGCCUGAGAGUGUCUUGUCUUGGAUUAGGUGAGUGA